CCUUAGGCCUAUGGCCGACGACCGGCCACAUGUGAGAGCAGGCGAGGGUGUCGUGGCCCUCGCCUGUGGCUGGCCGUCGGAUUCGGCGAGGGCUCGAUCCUCGCGGCCAGGGCGAGGGUCGCCCUCGCCGGAUCUGGCGAGGUUUUGGGAGGCGACGGUCGCCGGAUCUGGCGAGGUUCCGGGGCGGCUGCGAGGGUGGCGUACGACCUGUGAUGAGCAUCGGCGUCGCUCGUGAGCCAGUCGUCCAUGGCUGGAUGGGAAAGGCUGAUACCUGUGAUCAAUAGCAUGCCCGAACGAUGCCGACGACGGCCAUGGAUGAGCGUCGGCCUACUCGUGAGCGGUUCGACCAUGGCUGGCCGCUGCAAUCGAGCGUCGUCCAUGGCUGCAGAAGGCAAAAAGAACAGGAUGCAAGAAACGGUGAAGAAGGAGGAGCAAUAUUUUCUAUUUUCUCGCCCGCGAGAGUUUUAGACGUUUCUGCCUUGUGGGCCCGUUGCAAGAUGAAUGGACUAAUAUUUUUCAGAAUUGGCUACACUCGGCCGCCCAAUAUUUUCUCGUUCUCUCAGUUUGCCUUACUGAUUUAAGGGCGAUGUGAUCUGUUACAGGCUGAUGUUGCUCUAGAUGAUGGUACUUGUGCGAGGGCUGCUGUUCCUAGUAGUGCCUCCACUGGAUCCAAGGGAUCAGAUGGCUAUUGAUAACUUCAUGUUCCAAAAGCUUGAUCGAACUGUAAACGAGUGGGCUUGGUGUAAACAAUAGGUAGUAAUCUAAGUCACUCUUGGUCAUGUAGUGCGCAUUGGAGCGAACCCUAUAGAUGAUAGUAAACUUUUUGGUGUAAAGCUUGGAGCCAAUACCACACUUGCAGUGUCUCUUGCUGUCUGCAAGGCUGGAGCUGCUGCUAACAAGAUCCCUCUAUACAAGGUCUGUUUUGGUUCAGCUACCAAAAUCAGCUGUCUUUUUCUGUUUCUUUAUAUCUUCUCGUGCCCAUAGCUACUUAGUUUAAUCAUACGUACUUCACGAGUUUGCUAUGGACUUAUUGCACUAUCCCAUUAUCAUUUUUCUUAGACCAUGUCGUUAAUUUUUAAUUCACGAUCUCAUAUUUUUAUUACAAAAGUUACAUAGAAUGUUGGAAACUUCUAAUUAUAAUGGUUGAUGAAUGCCCAAUCAAUUGCCUAUUUUUUAUCAAAUAAUUCGAGGAAGACUGUGUUUCAAAAGUUGGAAAAUUAGAAGUUUAGUCUAAUCAUCUAGCUGAUUUUUACAUUGGGAGUGCUUUUCCGAAAUAAGUUUGAAGGUUGUUAAAAUCAAAGCAUCGCUACUUGGGGGCUUCUUUCAAGCUGCUACAGUGAGCGUAUGGUAAAGUUGUGUGUUUUGGGGUGGAGAAUUUGUUUGGGACUUCUACACAUCUACAGUCGAACUAUAAAACCCUUAGACUUGAUGCCCUAGGGUUAAUUCGAAUCUGCCUCUUCUCUAUCGCCGCUGAAUCGAGAGCUCGUCUGCCCCUACGCUGCUAGAUGCGAGCAUUCCUCGUCACCAGCGAAUCGCGCUUGUUUGCCCCGUUUGCUGUGCAAUGCGAAUCUUCUCCGUCACCAUCCCCAUCACUUCCUCCAUCUCUAUCAUCCUGUCAAUCGAUGUUGAUCCGUUCCGACCCCGAUUCCUCAAUUUCACUCUCACCUUCACACGGUUGGAGGCCGCCCGGGAUCGGUGAAACCAUACGCAUUGGUGCGGGCCAGAUCAUCAGCAGCUGCAGCGUUCCCGCAGUCUGGCUUGUUGUGGGCCGUGGUCGCGAUGGGGAGCUGCUGUUGCUUGCUGCUGCAUUAAACGUCGUUAAUGGUGGGUCACAUGCUAAAGACAAACUCGCAACAGAGGCCUUGCUCUUUAAAACGAAAACUCCUCGUUCUUUUGAUGUAUUCCAGAAUGAUGAUGGUCCUCAGAAGAUCUUUGAUGCUCUCAAAGAUCCGUGCUGCAUGUUUUUUGGUAGUGAACAUCGUGUUGUGUCGAUUGUGGUGGCUUCAUUUUAUCUAAAUAUCCCUAAAGAUGCUCUCAAAGUCAUGUGCAAGUCAUUUGGGAUUGACCAUCCUGCUGUAUUGAUUAAGGAUCCGUAUCCAAAGAUCGCUGGAGAUGCUCUCAAAGUCACAUGCAAGUCAUUAGUGAGUGAUUAUCCUGUUGUGUUGAUUGUGGAUCCAUUUAAUCCAAAAACUCUGGAGAUGCUAUCAAAGUCAUGAUCGAGCAGAAGAUCUUUGAAACUUUCAAAGAUCGAUACAGUAAGUUUGUUGGGAUUGAGUUUCCUAUUAUCUCAAAUGGGGAUCCAUUUAAAAUUCAGAAGCAGAAGAUCUCAGAAGCUCCAGAAGAAAAGUCUGAUGGGAUUAAGUUUCCUUUCAUCUCAAAAUGGGAUCCACUUGAACUUUGGAAGCAGAUGAUCUCAGAAGCUCCAGAAGAAAAGUCUUAUGGGAUUAAGUUUCCUUUCAUCUCAAAAUGGGAUCCACUUGAGCUUUGGAAGCAGAUGAUCUCAGAAGCUCCAGAAGAAAAGACCGAUGGGAUUAAGUUUCCUUCAUCUUAAAAUGGGAUCCACUUGAACUUGGGAAGCAAAUGAUCUCAGAAGCUCCAGAAGAAAAGUCUGAUGGGAUUAAGUUUCCUUUUAUCUCAAAAGGGGAGCCAUUUAAACUUCGGAAGAUCUUUGAAAUUUUUAAAGAGAUCUUUGAAACUCUAAAAGAUCGGUACCGUGAGUUUGCUGGGAGUGAGUUUCCUAUUAUCUCGAUUGGGGAUCCAUUUAAUCCAAACAUCUCUGGAGAUGCUCUCAGAGUCAUGCGCAAGUCCUUUGGGAGGGGCUAUCCUGUUGUGUCAAUUGAGGAUUCAUUUUAUUCGAAGAUCUCUGGAGAUGCUCUCAAAGAUCUGUACAAGUCAUUCGUGAGUAAAUAUCCUAUUGUCUCGAUCUUGGAGACGUAGUCCAGAUCGUAGGAGAUGAUUUAAUGGCCACCAAUCCCAAGGGGAACUUGGGUCAGAUGCUGUAUAUGGUGAAGCGAACUUUCGCAUGCCUGUUCUUGAAAUAAGGUGACCUUCUGGCAGUCUAGCUGCAGUACUUAUUUGGACUAGAUAAUUUCGGUCUAGUGAUUGUGUAAUAUGAAACUGGAAAAACUACAUGCCCGCGAAAGUUGUAUGGAGGACUUUCUGGUGAAGGGUAGUUUGUGGUUGGCUUUUGAGAUUCACUUGCCUUUUCUGAGUAAGUUGACAAGCAAACUCUUUCA